GGAAAGGGUGGGUUGAUGCUGGCAAUGCUGCGAUGGCUGAUGGGUUUCUUGAGAUUGCCCAGAGGCAUCUAGAGAGGUUGAAUGCUGAAUUACUGGAGAAGAGGCGAGGCAGUCAUGAGGAGGAUGUGCACAAGAUUGAUGUGAACAGGGACCUGUUUAAAGUGCUUUCUUACCAGGCUGAGUCGGCUGUUGCUCAAGGGGAUUUUCAACGAGCAGUCACGUGCAUCCAACGCUGCAAAGAUUUGCUGACGAGACUGCCCCGAGUGCCUGGAUACCUCUCAAUUCUCUGUUAUAACUUUGGAGUGGAAACCUACUACCAGAAGAAAUUCCAAGAGUGCUCACAUUGGCUUGGCCAAAGCUAUGAGAUUGGAAAGCUGGAUAAGAACAGUUCUAUUGGACAAGAAAUGCAGGCUAAAGUUCUCCGACUGCUUGCCAAUACUUACUUGGAGUGGGACUGGGAACGAUAUGAAGAAAAGGCUCUUGAAAUUGUAAACUUGGCUAAUGAGAAAUGUUUACGUCCAGCUGGAUUAUUCUUAAAGAUAAAAAUCCUUUUGAGAAGGAAAGCAUCUGAUGAAGAACUCUACAAAGCUGCCAUGCAACUCUUGGAUCUUGAAGUGCCUGUAGAUUCCUUUUUGAGCACUGCUAAGUUGCUUCUGGAGCAUGGAAGAGAUUCUGUUGGGUUUGAUUUUCUGAAGACUGUCUGUAACCGAUUUGAGUCACCAGAAGACGUUGGAAAAGCCUUUCUACUCCACAUUGAGCUCCUCUUACAAAGGAAGGAAGACCAGCUUGCCAAGGAGAAGAUUGAGGGCAUCCUUACAGCUCAUCGUGCAGGAAAAGAGCUGCCCUGCCAAAUAUUAAGCUGGCUGCACAACAUUCUUUGGGACCGAGCUGCCCAAAAUUUUGAGGCCCAGAAUUACUCGGAAGCCCUGCAGUGGUAUAACUACUCCCUGGGUUUCUAUCCAUCUGGGCAGAUGGAUCCGGACUUUGCCAAACUGCAGAGAAAUCGAGCUUCCUGCUACAUUCAUCUGAAGCAGCUGGAAAAGGCCAACGAGGCCGUAAAAGAAGCUGAAAGCUAUGACGCUGCCAACAUUUUCACUCGGUUCAUUGUGUUCAAGAUUGCCGUCUUGAGAGGCAACACUAAUGAAGCACUGAUGGCAGUUGAUGCCCUGGAGAAAUCUGUGGCAAACCCAAGUGUACAAGAAAAAGAGAUGAUUAAAGAAGAAAAUUCAGCUACUGCUUUUCUUACUCUAGCAGCCCAGUUUGCUUUAGAGAACGGGCAACAAGAAGUGGCCAUAAGAGCUCUGGAGUACUUAGCUCAACGUUCCCAAGACUUGCAACAAGUCAUUAAUGCUUUUAAGUGUUUGAUUCGUCUAGUUAUCCCCAGAAUCUCUCAAACAACCGAAUCUGAAGAAGCCAGAAAGGAAGAAAUGCACCGACUUCUGUCUUGGCUGAAGACAGCCCACCAGAGACUUGCUGAGCCCAUAGCAAAAGAGAAACUAACUUUGGAUGUGUGGACUAAUGAAGCCCAUUGGUUUCGAAAAAUAGCCUGGAACUUGGCCAUGCAGUGUGAAAAAUCCCCAGGAACCAUGCGAGACUUCUUCCUGAUGUCAUACAAGCUCUCCCAGUUUUGCCCCUCUGAGAAAGCAGUUCUGAUUUCACAAAAGACCUGUUUGCUGAUGGCGGCGGCUGCUGACUUAGAACUAGGGAGAAGUGCCUCAGAAGCUUCCCGACAGACGGAAAUGCUGACUCACGCACUUGAGCAUGUACAGGGGUGCAAAGAAAUCAUGAAUGUCCUGAAAUCAGCAGAGGCUGGCUCUAAGGAUCCAACUGAGAAUUUGCUUCUCCUUUAUGAGAUUGAGGCCAGAGCCAAACUGAAUGAUGCAGGCCUGACCAGCCUCCUGGAGUCCGUGUGGGAGCUGCCUCAAUUAGACACCAAAAUACUGGAAACCAUCUCAUCUGUAGCAAUGGAGCGUCCUGCCCACUAUCCAGAAAUCUCGAAAAAGGCCUUGAAAAAGGCCUUAUCGCUCUACCUGCAAGGAGAACCCAUUGAUGCUGUGAAGUUCAGCAAAUGUCUGCACAACUUCAUUAACCUUUCACUGCCAGACAGAGUACUGGGCACAGAUGUGUGUCCCCUUCAAGAAAUUUGGAGCUCCUUCGAAGACGCUCUUCGUGUGAUCAGCUGCUCAGAGGACUACCCCCAAGUGGAGAUUCUUUGGCUUAUGACCAAAGCCUGGAAUACAGGAAUCUAUCAGUAUGGUGAGGGAAUGUAUGUAACUGCUGAGAAGUGGUGCGGUUUGGGAAUUCGCUUUCUUGGCCACCUUGGCUCCCUGAAGAAGUGCUACGAAGUUCAGAUGAACAAUGUGUAUGGAGAGGUCCUGGCCAAGGUGGAGAGAGAUAAGAGCUUGCCUCCCAUUGAAGAAUAGGAGCUACCAGAACUCGGAGCGAAUGGAGGUACUCGGUAGCAGAGCAAUAAAGCCUGUUCUCGGGGUCUCUUGGAAGUUUUGGCUUAUGGGGUUAGAUUGACUAAAGUGACAAGAUUAUUGGGGGAGGAGGGAAAAUUGUCAGCACGCACAUUCUCGAGCCUUGGGCUCUGUUGUCCUGAGGACCAGUUUA